AUGGAGGAUUCUACGAAUGCAAGGAUCCCAGAAGAACCAUCCACGCUCGUCAUCUUGGUAAUCGACGAGGUAGCCUGUCCAGCCACAUUGGUCGAGUUUGCGUCGGCGGUCUAUGGGAAUGUGUACCGUCGCCCGGGCCCCAAAUGGGUAGAAAGAAGUGACAUUAGGCAAUCGAUUGGACCAGAGUUCUAG